AUGCUUUAAUUUCUUGUAAUUGCUUUGUUCCUUUAAUAAAGCUUGUGUUAGUUAGGGUAAGAUGAUGCUGAUUACACUGAUCAGUAUGAACCUGAUAUAGUAGAUGUAACAGAUGAAGGCACUACUUCUGGUUUGAGUUCAUCAAAUUUAAAAAAGUUUGUUCCUCAAGAAGAUGCUUAAAAUUGUGUUGAUACAAAUUGUGCAGAGGAGAUUGUUGCAUGUAAACACAAUGAAGAUUGUUUUGGUAAUUAUGGAAGGUUUGAGAUUUGCUAUAAUUAAACUCUUUCAUUUAAGAACUGCAAAGAACCAUUAUUAAAUAGUACAUUAUCUACAGUGACCUUUGAAUUAUAAGAUUUGAUGGAGUGUUAUAAUCUUUGCGGUUGGUCGAAGACUAAAGGAUUGAAUGGAUUCUUGCUUUGCGUAGUAUUUGGGCUUGAUUUAUUGUUAUUUUGA